AUGCCAGAGUCGAAAACUGCACCAGCGCCUAAGAAGGGGUCGAAAAAGGCUGUUACGAAAACUACGCCAAAGGGAGUAAAGCAGCGCAGACAAACCAGGAAGGAGAGCUAUGCUAUCUACGUGUACAAAGUGCUGAAUCAGGUUCACUCUGAUACCGGGAUCUCUUCCAAGGCGAUGGGCAUCAUGAACUCGUUCUUUAACGACAUAUUUGAGCGCAUCGCCGGUGAGUCUUCCCGUCCAGCUCAUUAUAACAAGCGCUCCACCAUCACUUCCAGAGAGAUCCAGACAGCCGUGCGCCUCCUGCUGCCCGGAAAACUGGCCAAACACGCAGUGACUGAGGGCACUAAGGCCGUCACCAAGUAUACCAGCUCCAAGUAA